CUCUUCAACCUCAAACAAUCCAAACGAAGAGACCAAUCUCUCUCUCUCUCUCUCUCUCUCUCUCUCUCUCUGGGGCUGUUCUUUUGUCUGUUAAAAGGAAAAUCCCAUAAUGGGUCCCUGUCUAAAAUCCCUCGCUUUCCCCCACUUUCCCGCAGUUUCCGUCACUUUCUUCCUCUAUCUUACUACUCUCUUCCCAUUUUCCGCUACAUCCCAGCCGUCCAUCUACGACCAUCUCCGCCAAAACGGCCUUCCCAUAGGCCUCCUCCCCAAGGGCAUUACCGAAUUUUCAAUCGACCCCACUACUGGUCACUUCCAGAUAAACCUAACCCAACCUUGCAAUGCCAAAUUCGAGAACCAGCUUCACUACGAUUUCAACAUUUCUGGGCUUUUGUCCUUUGGGAAGAUCGGUGAAUUAUCCGGUGUGUCGCAGCAAGAGCUCUUCCUUUGGUUUCAAGUUAAGGGUAUACGCGUCGAUGUCCCCAGCUCUGGUUUGAUAUACUUUGAUGUUGGUGUUGUGGACAAGCAGUUCUCUUUGUCCUUGUUUGAGAACCCUCUCGAAUGCACUGCUUCUGAUCCUAGUGAUGGGCCCGUUGAUUCGAGGGGAUCGGAUGACUCUAAGAUUCAGCCAGGAAAGCUUGAAUUUGAAACUGGGGAAGGGGACUUGAGGGCUGCUUCAUAGAUUGUGGAGGCAAAUAUACUUCUAAAGGCCUAGAUGUUACCUUUGGGUUCUUUUUCUUGCCAACAAACACUGCUGGGGAGUUUUGCUUGGCAGAUCCUAUGUUUUUGUAUGUGUGCUUGUUUGCUGUCCUGUACAGAUUUUUUGGCCUGAUACUUCUGUCUCUGCAUUGAGAAGUAUAACAGUUUUGGCCAAAAGAAGAGGAAAAAGAACAGAUAAUAAGCAUUGGAUCUUAUUUUUCAUGAAGAUGAUAGUGAGAUGAGGGGCCUUAGUUUUGGCUGGUAAGUUUGCUAGAGAUUUGUACUGUUUGUUGUUGUCAUACUACUAUACAUUCAGAUGUAUGAGCGUGUUGCAAUUGUGUUGUUGUAAAUGGAGAGAAUUGUUUGUGUUUGUAGAUUGUUAUCAUAAGUGUCAAUCAUACAUAAAAGAUUAUUAUGGUAAACUAAACUACCUUUAAAUUA